AUGGUACAGGUUCCCUCGCGUAUCAAAGAUGUGUGGGACGCAUGGAACAUAAGAGGAAUGAUAAUUCUCAGUCUCUCAAUUCAGACAAUUCUCAUCAUCUUCGCUCCUUUGAGGAAAAGAACACCCAACAGGUUCCUAGUUCUGGUCAUGUGGUUGUCUUAUCUCUUAGCAGAUUGGUCUGCAAACUUUGCAAUCGGUCUCAUUGCCAAGAAUCAAGGAAAAGAAUCAAAGCCCGAAGAUCCUCCUCAGGACCAGCAGCUCAUGGCUUUGUGGGCACCCUUCUUGCUUUUACAUCUUGGUGGACCGGACACAAUCACGGCUUACUCUCUUGAGGACAAUGCUCUUUGGCACAGACACUUCCUCGGCCUUUCUUUGCAGGCUAUUUCAGGUGCCUAUGUGGUUAUCCAGUCUCUUCCCAAUACGCUUUGGGUAAUCAUACUGCUUUUGUUCGUUGCUGGGACCUUGAAGUAUCUCGAGCGGACGAUUGCUUUGUACCUCGCGAGCUCAGACAAGUUCAGGGGAUCGGUUCUCAAGCUCCCUGAUUCCGAUUCCGAUGAGACCCACCGCCAGGAGAAGGAAGAAGGCUUGAUGCAUCACUCUGAUAUAUACACGCAAGGGAACGCUACACAACAGAGACCACUGAAGCUUGAAAAGCCUGAUAGAGAUUUGACACACCUCGAUAUUCUUCAGUUUGCUUUCUGGUUCUUCAACAACUUCAAGAGCCUUAUGGUCAAUAACAUCUUUAGCUACGAGCAACGCGACGAGAGCAGGGAAUUCUUCAACAAAUUAAAACCCGAAGAGGCUUUGAGGAUCUUAGAAAUGGAGCUCGGCUUUAUCUAUGAAGGUCUGUACACAAAAGUCUCGGUUCUUCAUACUUGGGUUGGAGCUGUGACUCGGACCAUAGCUUUGGGAUCUCUUCUGUCAGCAUUCUGCAUCUUUCAUUAUAGACCCAAGAAGAGCCAUGAAUUUCAUGGAGCCGAUACCGUGAUCACAUACACUCUGUUCUUAGUUGGAAUAGCUCUGGAUCUUGCAUCGCUCCUCAUGAUAGUGCCAUCGGACUGGACAUUUGCUGUCAUCAGUAGGCUGAACGAAGACGAGGUGGACAGCGGCUCAAGGAUAGACCCACAGAUCAACUGGUUCCUUGGUUUAAAGAGGCUGCAAUGGAAGAAACAAGAAUGCUGCGAGGGAAAAGUCCACCACAAGGUGCUUAACACGACGUUUUUACUCCAAAGAUGGGCAGGAAGCAUCAAGCAGUUCAACUUCAUUGCGUACUCUGGGAAAGCAGAUAUACAGAGGAUCCACGACACCAAGAGUAGAACACGUCGGUGUGUAUGGAAUGCCAUACUUCUCAUUUUCAUUUACAUUAUCAACAUCCUCAAGAAAUUGUAUGAAAGGAUCGUCAUUUGGAAUCAUAAGCUUCAUCAGUUUAUCAGAGAUGUCAUCAAUCAGUGGUCAGGAAAGAAUCCGGUAGGUCGUUAUGUUAUCCUCACUGUUGAAUUUUGGUUCAUGAUACCUCACUUCUUCAUGUUUAUCGGCAACUACAUCACCGAAUAUAUCGGCAUCAACGAUCUGCUUGAUCAGAUCAUUCUGAUACGAGCUGUGCACAGUGAACCAUUGACAAAAGAACUGUGGGGUUUCAUAUUUACUCAGCUGCAAGCUAGACUCAAGCUUCCAGACAAGGAGAGACGAAAAACAAAAUCCAGAAGGAAAGGAUGGGCUUCUGGCAACAGGGAAUUAGAAAUGGCGGAUCCAGAACAGCUGAUGCGUUAUAUAGCAGAUGUUGAUUAUGACCGGAGCCUUAUUCUGUGGCACAUAGCAACUGAGCUGUGUUACCAAGAAGAAGCUUCCACUAAAGAGAAUUGUGACGACCGUGAGUUCAGCAAAAUGCUAUCGGACUACAUGAUGUAUCUCUUGAUUAUGCAGCCAAAACUGAUGUCAGAGGUUGCAGGCAUAGGGAAGAUCAGAUUUAGAGACACGCUGGCCGAAGCUGAAAGAUUCUUCAAGAGGCGGCAUAUUGAGAACUCAAGGGAUGUGGAAAGAGCAUGCCGCGAGAUUCGUUCGGUCAAGAUAGAGAUUCAUCCAAGGGAAGUUAAGGGAAACCAAAGCAAAUCUUUGUUGUUCGAAGCAAGGGCACUGGCCAAAGAGGUCAACAAGAUGAAGGAUCGUGAAGAGAACAUGUGGAGAGUAGUGAGCCAAGUGUGGAUGGAGUUGCUGUUCCAGGCAGCUUGCAACUGCGAUGCUACGGCGCGUAUGGAGCAGCUUAGCAAAGGAGGAGAGCUGAUCAACUUUGUUUGGCUAGCAGUGGCUCACCUCGGCCUUGGAGUUCAGCUGAGUUCAUCAGAAAACGAGACCAAACUGGAUGUAAGGUAA